GCAACGAGGUUGAUAUGUGCUGACUUGCGAGCGGUGUGCACUACAGCGAAGGAGACGCUUAAGCGACAUGAAUCCGUUGGACGGGUUUGGUGUGGGUGGCAGGAGAGCUGUGGCUCGAAGAUGUAUUCGUCCAAGGUCGGUGUUGAUGCUCAGUUGCUUGGUGAUGACGUCUCACGGCUUCAUGGCACCGGGCGCCCAAGUCCGAGCUCCGCGACAGGGCUCUCCCUGCCAGUCCACCUCGGUGGAGCUGAGUGAAGCCGAGGCCGAACCAGGGACUGAACCAAAGACGGAGCCUAAGCUCGCACCGGUGGCGCCGACCACGACGUCCAAGGGAGGGCAGUGGGCAGCGACGCCGUUCGAGAUCGACAGGCGGCGAAAUUUCGCGAUCAUCUCGCACCCCGACGCCGGCAAGACUACCUUGACGGAGAAGCUUCUUCUCUACGGUGGUGCUAUUCAGGAGGCGGGAGCCGUGCGGUCACGGUCUGAUCAGCGCAAGGCGACGUCGGACUGGAUGGAGCUGGAGAAACAGAGGGGAAUCUCGAUCACAUCGACCGUGCUGUCCUUCGAGUACGACGGGAACCACAUCAACCUGCUCGACACGCCUGGUCACCAGGAUUUUUCGGAGGACACAUAUAGGACCCUUGCUGCGGCCGACAAUGCGGUGAUGUUGGUGGACGCCGCGAAAGGGCUGGAGCCGCAAACUCGCAAGCUCUUCGAGGUGUGCAAGCUACGCGAACUUCCCAUCUUCACGUUUGUGAACAAGUUGGACAGACCAAGCCUCAGUCCGUUCGAGCUGCUGGACCAAAUCGAACGCGAGUUCGGCAUGAAGAUGGCCCCUGUGCUGUGGCCUAUCGGCGACGGCGAAGAGUUCAAAGGGGUGCUGGAUCGCGAUACGAAGACGGUGCACCUGUUCGAAAGGGCUGGCCGCACCAAGAAGGCAACAGACAUGCCGGAGCUCGACCUGCACGACCCCAAGCUUCCGGAGCUGAUCACGGAAGAGCUACACGAACAGCUCCUGGAAGAUGUGGAGAUGCUCGACGAACUUGUGGAGCCCCUGGACAUGGAGCGCGUCCUCACCGGGGAACAGAGCCCCAUGUUCUUCGGGUCGGCGAUGACCAACUUCGGCGUGGAGCUCUUCCUGAAGCGUUUCCUCACGAUCGGGCAGAAGCCUUCAUCUCGACGAAUGGGGAAUGCCGACGUGAUUUUACCUGGCUACAACGAGUUCACGGGAUUCGUGUUCAAGCUACAAGCCAAUUUGGACCCACGUCACCGGGACCGUCUGGCCUACGUUCGGGUGGUCUCCGGGCGCUACGAAAAGGGGAUGAAGGUGCAACACAGCCGAAUGAAGGGGAAGCAAGUCACCCUGGCCCACGCCCAGCAGCUGUUCGCGCAAGAGCGAGAAACCGUGCUGGCUGCUUACCCCGGGGAUGUCAUCGGGAUCAACAACCCGGGCCACUUCGCCAUCGGCGACACGAUCUUCACGGGCAGCAAUAAGAUCCGGUUCCCCGGCAUCCCUUCUUUCAGUCCGGAGUGCUUCGCCUACAUGCGAAACCCUAACCCGAGCAAGUACAAGAACUACCGAAAGGGGCUAGACCAGCUACUUGACGAGGGUGCGGUGCAGAUGCUGAGGGAGCGGUCGGACGAUGGAAACGGCAACCCGAUCCUGGCGGCAGUAGGCACUCUUCAGUUCGACGUGGUACAGCAUCGGAUGAAGGCCGAGUACGGCGUGGACACCAUACUGGAGCCUUUGUCGGGGUACAACACGGCACGGUGGGCCGAGGGGGGCUGGGAGUCCAUCGAUGAGGCCACGAAAGCGGGAAAGCUGUUCGGAGUGUUCACCGCUCAGGAUAGGUUCGGGCGUCCUGUUCUCCUGUUCCGCAACGAGUGGAAGCUUGCCAACGUGCAGGGAGACCUUCCCCAGCUCGAGCUCAUCCCGUGGUCGCGUCCACCGGAUAUCAUCACAUAGAGAUCCUUAGAAACAGAACAAGUCUUUCUUUGUCCUAGUGGUGGAUGCCAUUUUCAUGCAUGUGUUUGCGGUACGGGAAACAUUCCUUCACAGAGUCUUUUUCGUAAGGUCUUUCACGCACGAUAUGAGCCACCAGAGAACGAUGGGAUGCCUCCACAUAGAUGUCGGUUUUUCGACGGACAAUUGGAAAGGAGUCCCCAUUCAACAAGAACGAAACAUCACGCC